AAAUUUUAUAUUAUUUUAAGUAUUCAUAUUGCUGUUACACAAGUUCAUACUCAACCGGGUAUUGUUGAAAAACUUCUUGAAGAUACACAACAAUGUGUUGAUGAAAUUUUAAAAUUUGAUAAUAAAACAGAUACAGUAACAGUAAGUAUAUAAUUAACUGCAUCGAACUUUAAUAAACGUAGAGUAGUGUCACAUAUCCAAGAUUUUGGAGAUGCCACCGCAUCUCCAGCGGGAGACGCGGCACCCACACUCGGGAGAUGAGGUCAUUCACCACUGGAGA